AUGAACCCGACAAUCAGCUCGUCACUUCGCAAUUUACUCAUCAGCGACCAGGACCACGCCCACUCAGACACAAACCUAUCUGCGAUUGAUAAGCAAGGCAACACUCCAGCUCAAAGGUUCUUGAGGAAGUACGAAGUUGGGGCUGGGACUGAUGAAGAGCGAGUUGGCUUAGGAAAUGUCGUCAAUGCAAUUAAGACUGCCGCAUCGAAGAUCGCCGAGGACACUAAGCUAAGGACGUUUUUGCUCAUGAAAAAUAAAGGAGUUGACGUGUUGAACAGCUUAAAAUUUGGAGACGAUGUCGCGGUUGCUUUGAAAAGCUCGAAAAUGAACACUUUGAAGAAGUACAUCGCGAUGUUCAACGAGAAGUACCCGGACAACACUAUCUCACUGAUCGGGGUUUUCACAGCCCGCUACGGAGACGAUGCUGUGGCGAAAGCGCUAGUAUCUGCGGAAAGACACGCAGAUUCAGCACCGGAUGUGGCGGAGCUGGCAAAGAAGCUGCGGGCUGAGCAAACUUCUGCUUGGUUGGAGGGUGGUAAAUCCGUCGUUGAUGUAUUCAACUCGCUCAAGCUUCAUGAUGACGAAUUUGUAGCGCUCGUAAGUCGAAAGCUGGAGGUACUUGAUGAUUAUAUUGUGAAGUUCAACAGCGAGAAAAAUGGCCACGAGACUUUGCUCAGGGCCUUGACUACGGGCUUUGGGGGUGAUGAUGACUUUAGGUUAAUUUUAACGAAGGCAAAACACGUCCCUGCUACAAGAGCGAAGGCCAUCGAAUUGGAGAAUCUCAGGCGUUGGCAACAAGAACAACUAGAGCCAAAAAGAGUCAUGAAGCUGUUAAGUCUUGGUGAUGAUGUGGAAAAUGCUCUGAAAAGUAUAAAGCUCAGGAGACUUGAUGAGUACAUAAUUGAGUUCAACCGGAUGAAUCCGAGCAAGCAGCAGACGCUGCUCGGGGUGCUGACGAAGCAGUACGGAGAGGCUGGAGUGGCAAAGGCAAUCGUAUCCGCAGUGAAGGAGGAGAAUAUGCUCGCUGUACGUUUGCAGAAACAGCAAUUGGAAGGCUGGCUACACAGCGAAAAGUCCGUGGAUGACGUUUUCAAGCUUCUGGAGUUUAAGAAGAACGACCUAUCCUCAAUCGUUAGCCGCAGAGUGGAAACGCUGGACAAGUAUAUAAUGCUAUACAACAGAGAGAAGUCAGCAAAAGAAACUUUGGUAGGCGUAUUUGUGAAGGCUUUCGGUGAAACUCAGUUGAAGAAUAUGCUGGAAAGGAUUCCUGCUACGAACGAAAGAUCUGAAAAGCUCCGUAGGCAAUUCAUUGAAUGGAAGCCCCUGUCUUCCGGCUAG